CCGUAUAACUAGUCAGUGCUAGUAUCUCCCCCGGACAGGAGGUGCUAGUAAACAGUAAAGCAGUUAGCCCCAUGUUGCACAGGUGCCUGGCCAGCUGCAAGCUUUUAUAAACCAGCCGUUCUCUGCAUAGUCCGUGUCUUCUUAUUUCCUAUUUCCCCCCUUCUUCCUACUGAAGAUCCUAUUCCGACUCUAUAAUUUCCUCGAGUAUAUCGAUCAACCACGAUCACCCGCUCAGUUUUGAAUGAGACUGGGCCCUUGCCAACGUUCUAGACUGGCUUGAAACGACUCUGGGUCCACCGUACCGUUGAAACUCGGUCCAACCCGUGCCAGAAUCCAUACUCAUCCCCUGUAUGCGGUCCACGGCAAAUCAGCAGGAGCUCGGAAGAGAGACUCCGGGCUAAUCCCCAGGGGGAUACGAUAGGGUGAUCUCAUAUGGUGAUUCACUUUCGAUUUUAUAGACUGAUAGAUUCUCAUCUUCCCAAUGACGAUGCGCCGCAAACAAUUAAAACCAGCAUCCACCUCCCCUUUUUCAUGCUCUUCUUCCUCGUCAUCCUCCUUCUAUCCCUCCUCUCUCAGCAGCACUUCGUACUCUGACAGCCUUUCCUCUGGAUCGCGCUCCCGUUCGUCACCCUCCCGACCGCGGGACCAUCUCGACCAUCUGAUCCUCAAGCACGGCUACCCCACUCCGGUCUCCCUGUCCUCCCUGCGGGAUUUGACGGCCACCUCCUCAACAUAUAACCCGCCCACCCCUCCUCACCCACGACGCCCUCGUCGAUCGGAUUCAAUUCCCAUCGACGCCUUCGACUCUCUAACCCUCUCUGCCUCGUCGACCAGGCCCAUUCCAAUCCCUCGCCGCCGCCACGGCCUAGAGUACGACGACCAUUUCCCGGUCACGCCGCUGACCGGCCGCUUCGAUCACGACGAUUACUUAGAAGACUGGGAGCGUGCCUCACUCUCCGCUAGAUCCAGACAUCUCCGCUCGCCGCCUGGAUCAACCCGUUCACCACGAUACCAUCAUCACCCUCCUCUGCCUCACAGCAUGCGUGCCGAUCAUUCCCCCUACUACUCGCCGGUUGCUUCACCCGUGAUGUCCCCCCGCCGCCCAAGUUCCCCACAACCUUCGCGCUCGCGCACCCAGAACUCGGCCAAGGCCAUGCCAAGCUUUCACCUGGGGAGUCUACCUCGCUUCCACCCAGCCGUCUACCAGUCCAGCCCGGGCGGCCACUCGGUCACCGGCCAGCCGCCGUCUCCCCGGCAAUCCCGGCAAGGGAACUACCGCACGGCAUCGGGGUCCCGCGACAUCAAAUGGCAGUACCGGGACUUGCUGGACGGCGCAACGCAAAGUCCGUCGGCUCCGCGCCUUGAUCCCCUGCGUAGCCCGGGUCCGGUCACGCCGUUGGCUCUCGAGUCUGCUGACUAUCUGGCUGCCGGGAAUGCCGGUAACGUAGGCCAUGGCUCGCGUGAUGCUGUAGGCCAGCACUCGGGUCCCCCGGCAGACUUGGUGGAAAAGUUGAUUGCGCGUGAGAAAGAAAUGGCACGGCAGAAGAACCGCCUGUCUGCAAAGGGGCGAUGAUGGGGUCUUUGCUUCCCUCGCUUGUUGUAUGGCAUGCCUCGUGCCUACGGCUACGGCUUCGACUACACUUCCCGCUCUUGCAUCUGAAUUGGUGUUUUUUUUUUCUUUUACUUUUCUUGGACUUCCUCCUUCUCCCCUCCCGUUCUCUUUUUCCAUUUUGUUACGGUUUUUCGAGCAUGGAAACAAACCAAGGGCGCUACAGGUCGAGCUGUGCACAUGAGAUAUGCGUUUGGAUUCCCUUUGUCUUCUCGCAUCCUUCCAUUGCUCGUUCUCUCCGCGCGUGAUAUCAUUUGUUUCCAGCCUAGACCCUAUCAGACCACGGUCUGUGUCACAGGUUGUUUCUUUGCAUUACGACAGCAUAUAUCUAUACCCCGCGCUGGUCUCACAGGACGGCGAUACGCAUUCCAGUUCCAGACUAGCCAGACCUUUUGUUCUAUUGAAUAUCAUUAUCUUGAAGGCUUCUGCGACCUUCAUUAAACCAGACU